GAAUAACUCGCGGGUGCUGCCCGUUCGCGGAGUUAUCGCAGCGAACGAUAUACCUGCGCAGAAACGUGGCGCGAGGUAUCUAUCAUCGAUUCGCGAUCCGGAUCAACAACGGUCGAUCCUUAACCUCAAUCAGCACGAUAGAUAGGUAACAUGUCGCGUUUGUACGGCGACAGUCUGUGAACGCGUGAACGUAGUGCGGACGUGAGGUUCAGGUGAGCACCCAAGAGGCCGAAUUUGGCCUUGUCUAGGACACGUUUGCGUGCAUCGUGGUGUGCUACUUUGAUAGGUUCAGGUGUACGUUGACCCAGAAGUAGUGAGUAGUGCUCGAACGAAACGGACGAAAGAAACGAAAGGUAAUCCUGGCACGAUGCAGACUACAGGAACAAGGGGACCUACUCACCUGGUCGCCCUUUACGUGGCGACAGCCGGUCUUCAAGGAAAUGCUCUCGGAUCUGACGAAGAGGAGAUCACGUUGCUGGUUUACGUGCUUCUCGAUGUGCUGCAAAAUAAGGUGUUAGGAAGACAACAGUAUAUUGUACGACCGAUGGUAAUGGACGAAAGUUGUACACCUGGAACCGGUAGCGACAAUCCGGCGGUUGCCGGAAGUAGCGGAGUCAUCAGCGAGGCAGCGCUGGCGCAUGCUCCGACGUUAACCGAAAGAACAGUUCGAGAACACGGAAUUUCUUUGGAGCAGGCUAUCGAACAGUUCGAAGCAUGGUGGUCAUCCAUGUCGUGCGUGACAUCCGGUUCCGCACCACGUUUCGUCGUAGACGGCCAGGCACCGAUGAGACAGUGUUUACAUCCCGAAGCCUGCAACAAAGAAAUCGAGCUGCCUGAACAUUACAACCUAUUUCAUGACCUCCGUAAGGAAUUUGUUGCCUGUUAUUCCACCCAUGGAGAACUCGCGACGCUCGGAAUACAGGAAAUGCUGGAUUAUUUUGGUUUGCCAUCGGAUACCGAGAACGAUUACCAUGUAAAAGAGAUACAGGAUAUGAUAUGUGUGAUACAGAGAAUGAUCAAGGAUGGGCACAUCUUCCAGAAUCCUGAAGUAGUUAAUAUUGUUCUAGAACCUGGUAUAUGCUCAAAAGAUGAAGAAGUGGAUAAUGGCUGUGUUGUAAGAGCACGAGGUCUUCCUUGGCAAUCAUCUGAUCAGGAUAUAGCAAAAUUUUUUCGGGGCCUAAAUGUUGCCAAGGGUGGUGUAGCUCUGUGUUUAAGUCCUAUGGGAAGACGUAACGGAGAAGCAUUAGUACGGUUUGUUAAUAAAGAACACAGAGACAUGGCACUGAAGAGACACAAACAUCAUAUGGGUGGGAGGUACAUAGAAGUUUACAAGGCAUCUGGAGAAGAUUUUGUAGGUGUUGCUGGAGGAACCAGUGGAGAAGCUCAUGCAUUUUUAUCAAGAGGAGCUCAAGUUAUUGUUAGAAUGAGAGGCUUGCCAUAUGACUGUGUUGCUAAACAAGUGUUGGAUUUCUUUUUAACGGGGCAAAAGCCUUGCCAUGUAUUAGAUGGGGAGGACGGGGUCUUAUUUGUAAAGAAACCAGAUGGCAGAGCAACCGGAGACGCUUUCGUUCUUUUUGCGAAAGAAGAAGAUGCUGUAAAGGCCUUGAGCAAACACAGGGAUUGCAUUGGUAGUCGGUACAUUGAACUUUUUCGAAGUACGAUCGCCGAGGUGCAACAGGUCUUGAAUAGGGCGAUUGACCCGAAACAAGUGGUUCUUCCGACGCCACCCAUUCCACAGCUUCCUCCUAUACUUCCACAACACAUUAUCACUUCCGGUACGCGUAAAGAUUGCGUUAGAUUACGCGGUCUACCUUACGAAGCUCUCGUAGAGCACAUUCUCGAGUUCAUGGGCGAACAUUCUAAGAAUAUCGUCUACCAAGGUGUUCAUAUGGUUUACAAUGCUCAAGGUCAACCUUCUGGCGAGGCGUUCAUUCAAAUGGACAGUGAAAGUUCAGCGUACGCGUGUGCUUCGCAACGACAUCAUCGGUACAUGAUAUACGGGAAAAAGCAGCGGUACAUCGAAGUGUUCCAGUGCAGCGGAGACGAUAUGAAUCUGGUAUUAACAGGUGCAGUAACUCCACCGUCAACCAAGGCCCUGCUAUCACCCGGGGGCACGAUGUUGCCACCACCACCGGUCGCUAUAUUCCCACCUGCUGCUGCGAUGCUACCGCGUGGACCACCACAGUUUGCGGCACCUUAUCCGCCUCCAAUUUUUUAUUGGCCUUAUCCCUCGCCACCAGUCAGCCCGACUAAUUAUUAUAACCCGGCGAACGUUGGUGGUAUCGCGGCGAUUCCUCAGCAAGCAGCGCUGUUGACUCCAGCCGAAUGCUUGCAAUUACCGCCAGGAACAACGGUACCUGCUACCACCACACCGGCUCCAGAACAACGCAUCGAAGCUUUCCUCCCACGAAUGGAGCUGGAAAAGCGUGUACCUCUUCCCGCGCCUCCGCAAGCGGAAUGCAAUCCGUUCGUCGAAGUUUUUAUGGUGUGAUGCUCGACUUUGUCCAUCUUGAACGCUUGUCGCGUUCGGCCAAGUUGAGUCGACCCUCAGCCUCGCACGACAGAAUGUUGCUUUGUUGAAAAGUACACGCGCAGAUCGUCAUCCUCGUCCUUGAGGAAUCGCGAAUUUAUGAGGUAUCGAAAUCCUGCGACAGGAUUUAUCUUUCUGAUCUUCGGCAGAAGCUCCAUUACCGCAAAUCUAACGUGUCAUCGAGUGACACGUUUCUUUCUAGUCUAGAGACAGAUGCAAGUCGUCGUAGCAUAGCGCAGUGACGUCGUUUCCUUCUCGCUCUUUAGUUCAAUUUCUCUGGAAUCAGAAACACCUUCGUUAUUCUUGGAUCUACACUAUUUAGCUCUUCUGUUACGUCGCUCUGUAAAGCUCGUCUAUAAAUACGUUAUAAGGUUAUAACGUAGUCCGUGUUAUGACACUCCAAGAUGCAGCUUUAGGGAGUUGACACGUUGCAUUCCGGGUGCAAUAGACCAGAGAAUUUGAUUAUCUGGUUGUCUUGAUAAUAUUGAUGCGAGGUUAUGAAAUAAACGUCAAUCGUUUCUGACUAGGCCAGCUGAUACAUAGUGAUCACAGCAAAUAAUUCGAUCAACGAACUCGACGUGCAUUAACGACGUGAUUUGUACAAAUUUCUUCGACACUUUAUAACGUCUUGUUCCGAGUACCAAGCCGUGUUCUUGCGAUCGAACGUGUUGACUAUUGUUGAUCGCUUUUCUCGACACGUAAAGUAAAAAUAAUUAUAAUUAUUGAAAAAAAAGAAAAAAAAGAUUAACGCGUAAUAACGCUUCUAUUUUAAAAAUUUUACUUAAUUUAAUUCAAAGUUUUAAUAUAAAAAUUUAAUGUAUACCGUUAUCACUCAUCGUUACUCGAACGAGAUACUUGUUACUCGUUUUCUAUAGAAUUCAAUGUCUAUUAUUAUUAAUAUUAUUAUACUUAAUAUCGAGUAAGUUAUUCGACUCCAAAGUGUCGUUUGAUGUUAGUUCUCGUAUCAUCGAUUAACUCGAAUUGCGUAAAAAUGCGAUUCAUAAUUUUUCAUCACCAAAUCGUGUCACCUAUUCGAAUUAAUUUUUUUUAUCUUGAUUUAUGUAUUUCGAUACGUGAAUAAUUACAGUUCAUUAAUGGUGACGAUUACAUAAUAUGCACAUUAAUUGAUAGCGAUGUUAGGGUCUGGAUCGGGUAGGAAAAAAUUGGGCAUGCUCAGGUAACCCGACUUCAUGAUAACAUCUCUAUUAAUUAAUAAAUCAUCAGGUAAACAUUCUGACACCUGACAUUAAUCGAUCGCUCAAUUACGUAAUUAGUGUACGUAACAUUUCAAUUUUGUGUUUCCCGUGUGUCUAUAUAUAGUAUAUAUUUUUUACUCUUUUUAUUCUGCCUCCCUUGUUUUACAUUUAUUUUUAUCAAAAUUUAAUUAUAUUCUUUCGGAAUGUUUAUUUUCAAACUAAGGAUAGAAUUGAAAUUUACAAAUUAUGAAAUCUUUUCGAAUAUGUAUACGAGGGAGAGAAGUUUCGUAGUCUUGACAAAAGUCGAAUUGAAGAUGUCAUUCUUCCUGUUCCUGUUAAUGGCGCUCGUGUACAAAGGUGCAAUUUUAGCUGUAAAAACGAUUUGCGUUUGAAAGUCAUGAUGACUUUAAAUAAUAGAAACGUAAGAAUUAAAAAUGCAUUCGAUAGAAAGAUACUUAACAAGUUAUAUUUUAAACGUGUUUAUCUUGAUACGAACAUAUUACACGCGCAGGUAAAUUACAUAAGUAUGUAUAUGUACACGUAUAUUUAUGAUUAUUACGAUUAGAUAUUGAAAUGAGCUUGAAUAAUCGAUAAUUCAUGAUCGAGGUGUAGUUAUAAUUGUCGCAAAAAAUUCAACGUAUGUUUCGAUUGUAAAACAUCUAAAUUACGCAACAUACAUUUGAUUUCUAAUUAAAUGUAUGUUCUCGUACGUAUAUAAGGCAUAAAAUUAAGAAAGAAAGAAAUAUCGAGGGAAACAUCUUUGAGGAUGACGGAGAUAUUUAAUGAUAUCGAUGUUAUCGAUACUCUCGAUUCAAACGUACCUGAAGUUAUCUGAUCGAACGUACGCGCCAAAACUAUGUUGUCAGUGACACGUGAUUUGUUGUAUUUUGUUCAGCGAUUCUCGUCGCGAUGAGAAGUGCAAUUAAAAAAUAUCGGAGUAAUUAAUAAAUUAUACGAGUGCUAUGAGCUAAAAUGUUUAUCAGCUCGUGUACGGACCGACAAUUUGUUCAAGCGUUUUCCGAUUAAGUGCGUUAAGAAUAUAAAUGUACGCGUAAUAGUGCUCCCAGGUUAACGAGCACCACGAACAAAUUGCUGUUUCUCGUUACCGUGUGUACUAUUUUGCACGAUAUUGGUGCAAUAAUUUAUCCCCGUUGUUUAUUUUUGUUGUGACGUGUGCAAUAUGGAUCAAAAGGACGACCUUCCCGUACUGCGGAAUAUCAGGUGAAAAGAUAUUAUUUCCAUUAAAUUGCUAAAAUGUAUCUUCUUCGAUGUGCGGAUAAUCCAGUUGAAAUUGUGCAGUUCCUUUUUUAAAACAUAGUAACAGUUAUCAAGAACUUUCGAUUAUGGAUUAUAAUCGAUCGCUGUCGGUUACAUGUUGAGGAUAGUUCCUAACAAAACGUGUUCUCCUGAUCAUGAGAACGAUUUUCCCGUGUCAAAUUUUACAAAAGAAAAUUCAAUUCUUUUAUUUUACAAUGUAAAUUGAUGCAAAAAUAUUUCGGUAAUUUUCGCAGAUUGAAUCGUACUAUUCCGUAGUUAACCGGAAGUGUCCGAUUUGAUUUCGACGUGACUCCUAUAACGUUAGUCUAAUAGAAAAUUGUAUAUACGUUUGUAUGCCUAUUUUAUUAUAAGAUUCAACAUAUUUAAAUGCAAAAUAUUCGCGUCUAAAGUGCGCGAAAUAAAACAAAGCCGUUUUUCCGUUUGUACGUGAUGCUACGCGUUGCAAACACGUAGAGAGCUUUAUUUAAAACAAAAAA